AUGAAUACAGACCUCACUAUAGGAUCCGACGACGAUCAUGUUCGACGUGAGAAGGUGAGCAACCAAACUGUGUCCCUCUCGACUGCUGGUAUCAGAGCUGUCUUGUACCAACUUCAGUCGUUAUAUAUGAGAACACCCAUAAAACUCUUUCGUCCCUCCCGAUUCGACUACAUGGUCUAUGUGAGGGAGUUGGCCAAUAAACAUGAUGGCAUAAACUCGAAGCCGUAUAGAUUCAGCACACAUUCGACGCUUGGCAUGCUACAUAAUGUUAUCAAGAAGGAAGGCUGGAAGUUCAUUCCCGACCAGGUACUUCCGCCUCUCAUUGCCAAUUCAGCAACAGGAAUCAUCUUAUACGGCUCAUACUUGACAUCCCUAGACUACCUAGAGAAGGACAGGCCUAAGGGAUCUAACAAGGACUACUACUAUCCACCUACAGAUACUUGGAAAGCAGGCUUCAUAGCUGGAGCCGUUCAGUCCCUAGCUGCAGCUCCUGUGGAUGCCAUUUUCACGAGACUGUCCAUGGCAGAGAUCAUGAGUGGCAAACAUCAGAACCUUUGGGUUUUCGGUUGGGAGAAACUCAAAGAAGUUGGAUUCUUGGGUGUGUUCGCAGGAUACGGUUUUUCACUCAUCAAAGAAAGCUUGGGAUUUGCUUUUUACUUCUCAACCUUUGAGCUUGUCAAGACAAGAGGAUACAGUUUGACAUAUAGGGUCAUUUCUUCCUUCCGUCGCUUCAAGCAGAGGGUGAGAGAAAAGCUUUCCUUGUCACUGAAGAAUCAAGAAACAGAUGCAGCGCUCCUCCGAUUUGAGCAAACCAGACUGACCAAGAUUCUAAAAUCUACAUUUAUUCUUCUAGCAGGAGCCUCGGCAGCAUUUUCUCUACUAGCUGUUCAGUACCCCAUCUCAAAAGUACAGAAGAUACAUCUACACCGCUUAGAAGCGCUAGACAUCUAUUCAGCGACGAUGCACAAAAAGCAGCGUCAUUUUUUCAAGAUUUACUACAACUCAUAUGUUGAUACAUUGCAACACUGCAUGGCCAUCAAACGCAGAAGCAACCAGACAUGGUUCAAACUCGCGUACAAAGGGUUUGCUAGAAAUGCGUUGACUACCAUUCCUGCAACAUCCGUUGGCUUACUUGUUUUCGAGAUUAUGCGUACUCGUCUUUCCGAUAGUCUUGACGACAUGAACGAGCGUUUCUGA